UGCGAAGAUGACAUUUGGCAAUGCAAAUCCUGAGUAUUUUUGUGUUGAAAUGGAAUAUGUAAAUGUAAGAUCUGAUUCAGUUUGCUAUACUGCCUUAAUAACACAUACUAGACUAGGCAAUUUAUAUUCUAGUCAAAAUUCCCCGAAGUAGCUCACAGGUGUGCCUGAUCCUAGAUAACUUUGUUGAAGAAUUCAGUUUCAUCAUCUAUGGAUUCUAAUUGUGGGUUUUUUUUGGGGGCUAGAUGGCUUCUAAUUGUUUUAUUUGUUCUUUCUAGUGCUUCUCUUUAAACUUGCUGGGGACUUUACAGCAGUAGAAAAGGGUAAGCAAAUGAUUGUCGAUGAUGAUGUCCCAGGAUAGAGCAAUUGACCAACAUAGAGAUCCGAUAGAGAUCCUUUCUUUCUCUUGUAGAAAAGAUGAGAAGUAGAUGAUUAUGUAGGCAACAGCUUUGGCCCCAUGGUCCGUGAUUACCUAUUAACAUUUGUGAGGGAACCGGAGGACCUUAGUAAACCUCUUCUGGAAUGGAUAAAAAGUGAGGAAACGAAAAUGAUUUUGGUCAAAUUGGCAAGGAAGAAGAAACCCUUGUCUUUAUUUUUAAGGAAUAAUGAUAGAAAGGGCAAACAACAAACAUGUGCAUGUGCGUCCCUCAAUUGUUGAAAAGCCAAGUUGAUGUUCUUCCUGUCCUUUAUGGGUCUGGUUAAAAUUUGGUAAGAAAAAAAUGAUGUUGGUUGUCUUACAUCACUUCUGGGUUGGGACUGUUAUGUAGUAGAUAAGUGCUCACAAGUCUCCUUUUUUAUGUUAACAGUUGUCUGCAAAUAGUCAAACUAGUGGGUCUCGCUUUUCCUACGCAUGUUGAUUCGUGGUUCAACGUGAUGUUCUGGUCUUUAUGUGUCUGGUUAACAUUCAACAAGAAAUGCCAAAGGGGCAGUAGGGAUGGAAUACACUUGAGUGCUGCCAUCCCCAUGUAAGUAUGAAACCCACCCAACAUAAUGAUGCUCCAUGCCCUUAAAAGUCACCAGCCUUUCUCUUUUCUUUGUUCGUUUACCCACCUUUUAUUGUUUUUCCCCAAUUGCCCUGGUACGUUCUGUAAUUUUCUGGCUUCAGCAAGCAAAAUGGAUAUAUAACAACUUAUGGGUUGUAUGCACUUCUUGCUUUUGACUUUUAUACAUAGAAAACACAAUCAAGAAGAGACUUUCUUACAUUUACAGAAUUAUUAUAAAGUUGAUUGUGGUAGUUGGUAACUAAAAAUCUUAUUUUUGAUUUUUUUAUGUAAAAAAAUAUAAAAAUGUCAUUUAGCUAAACAUGCAUCAUAGUAGUAGAGUAGGUUGACAGUUGAAUUAAAUUGAUAGCAGCAUGUGACAAUUAUUGGAUGCCAUGGUCCACUUGGAUGAAAUGAAGUGAGGUGAGAAAUGGAGCUUGCUUCCUCUUUUUAUUAAGCUGAUGCUUCUUUACAAAGAAGAUUCUUUGCCUAUUUUUCUUAUAUGGAGUUCAAAUUUUACAGUAAUCGUAGUUUAUCGUUCAAAUAUUAUGUGGAAAGUAUAUUGAUUCACUCUAAUCCCUUGUUUGAUAUUAAGUGUACAGUUUGGAUUCAUCUCCACUUUUUCAAGUGUAAUAAGAACAUGGGUUGCUCAUAUUAGGAUAGGAUAGGAUAGGAUAGAGACCUAGUGUUCCCCUCUUCCCUACUAUCUUUUCUAUUGAGGAAAAAAAAUUAGGCACAGCCACGGGGCACAUUUACACCUGAAUAUUAGGAUCUGUCUUUAUAUGCCAAUUGACAUACCAAAAAUGCCCCCUUGUGUAGCAUCUGCCCUUGAUGGUGAAGACAUCAGACAUGUCGUUUUGCUUGCAGGCUUUCUCUGAGGGCUUUUUGGGUAAUUUGACCAUAAAGAAAACACUACAGAUGCAUCAUUUUUGUACCAUUUCUUGUAUAGAAGUAAUUAAAAAAAGCACAUGACUUUGCUUUUCCUUUUCUUUAAACGUCACUCUCUACCCAAUGUUGUUCUCUCUCUCUCUCUCUCUCCAUUCCAUCCCCUUUAUUCACGCCGCUUUCACUUCCACAAUCACAUUUCCUUUCCCAUUUGCCAAACAAGACAAAGAGAGCUGACUCUCUCAUCUUCUUCAUCUUCUUGUUUCUUCUUCCAUUAUUCCAACAACCAUCUUCCAAUUUUCAAUUCCAUUCCCCAUCUGUAUUUGUCUCUCCACAGACCUUACAGAGAAAAUGAGUGAGCUGUGGUUGUACUCAAUCCCUCGCCCUCCAAAAACUACCCAUUUCUCUACUCUCCUCUCUCACCUAUUCCUCUUCUUUUCCUUCAUUUUCUCUCACCCUCUCUAUCUCUCUCUCCUCAUCUUCUUCUCUCCAUUCCUUCUCAAGCUCCUCUCUUUUCUUUCUCCUCUUCUCAUCACCACCUCUCUCCUCCUCCUCGCUUUCGUCCUCUGUUCAUGCCAUGCAGUUGCAGAGAGACUAAACUCGUCGAAGAUGGAGGACGGAGACGAAGAGAUUCGAAACAUCGAGGAGCUUGAAGCUUACAAGAUCUUCUUUGACACCUCAACUUUCCACGAAAGUGAAGAAAAUUGCUCCCAAGCGGAUGAUGACUUGCAGGAGAAAACAGUGCAAGUUGCUUGGGAAGAGACCACUCAGCCCAUCAAGGGAGAGAAGAGAUCAGAAGAUGGGGUUAAAAGCUUGAUUAAUCAUGAUGUGGAAGGGCAGAAGGUUGAAGAAAACAAGGCAAAAGGUGACGGAACGAAGCGUACUGAUAAUGGGAGAGAAAGAAAUCCAAAAGUUCGUGUUGAAUGUUCUCAAAGACAUGAUUCCAAUGCAAAUAGCAUCACAGAUAAUGGUGGGGAAUACACUUCGAAGCUCUGGGAAAGUCCGAGUUCGCGAUCACUCGAUACGAGUCUUGGGAGCUAUGGAUCGAUGAGGAGGGAAAAGGAAUGGAAGAGGACGUUGGCGUGCAAGCUCUUCGAGGAGAGGCACAAUGUGGAUGGUGUCGAGGGGAUGGACUCGCUUUGGGAGAGAUACGAAAUGGAUUCUAGCAACAUUGCAAGGCGACGAAGCCACACCAAGAGCAAGAACAAGAACAAGAAGAAAGGUGUCGAGAACUAUGGUGAUGGUGAUGAGGAAGAGGACAUGGCCGGGCAAUUGUGUUGCUUACAAGCACUGAAGUUCUCUGCAGGGAAGAUGAAUCUGGGAAUGGGGAGGCCUAAUCUCGUGAAGAUUUCUAAGGCCAUCAAAGGCAUAGGAUGGCUGCAACAUGUUACUAGGCAUCGCAAAAAAGGUUACAGUUCGAUCUCUUAGUUACGAGAUUUUUUGUUUUGAGAAUGAGAACUCGCAGUCACUACCCUUUUAACUACCUUGCUUAGGCGAAAAUAGGUGCAUUUGUAGCACCAAUUUGCAAGUAUACAAGUUCAUCUUCCUGAUUAGUCAUCAGAUGAAGAACCUGUUCAUCUU